CCCAGAUGUAUUCUAGUUACUCAUUAUUAUAAUAUUGGUUAUCAAUAAGAUAACUUAUCGACAAGGGUUUAUCCUUGAAUCUAAAAUCAUUCGAUAACGUAGAGUGACAUGUUACAAGUUGGUUAGAAAAGCGGCGAUGUAUUGAUAUAGGCCUUUCCGUUUAAUAGAGUACGUUUCGAGCUACCUUUUUAAUAUUUCAAUCCUUGGUCCGUACUGAAAAAGCUGUCGAUUGAGCCGGCUUACAUCAAAAUCUAAGAUGAAAGGCUUAAUCUGUACAUCAUCUAACAUAAUUUGUACAUAAAGUAUCACACAACGGUUUGCAUUCUCUUAACGCAUCACUCUUGGCGUAAUUCAAUCCGUUGCGAUUUAUUCAAUUCUGAAUCAGAAGAGGAAUGUUCCUCAAAGGGAAAUAAUGCGUAAACGUCGCAAGGCAUUGAACAACUUCGUCGCACUCGCGCGUGCUUCUUACGCAGUGACGUUUGACGAAAUCUCGUGUCGCGAUGUUUAAACGGACCGAGAAAAUGAUGACGGACAAUAAUUACGAUGUGCCCGCGAAGCGAGCGAAACUCGACGAUCAACAAUGUGACAAGAAGAAGACUGAGAUUUCCCGAAACAGAAACGUGCAGUACGAUGAUCUCUGGGGCGAUGACUUCGAUCAAGAAGACAUCGAGGAAAUGGACCUGAUUGCAUCGCAAGCGUGUUUGCAGGAGGGUAACAUAUUAGAGAAUUCAAAGUUGUUUGAAAGCAGCACACAUUCAGCAGGGCUGAAUUUUCUGGAGAAACCUGUACCUGCACCUACUACCGUUGCCCAUAAUGAAACAGUAACGUCACGAUUAAAGACACUAUUGCCUGUGGAAACAUUUAAUUCAUGGACGAUGAGGAAGAAUAUGCAGGGUACGAGUCGGGAUAGUCAGAAUGUGACAGAAAUUGAUUAUUCUCAAUUCAAGAAUAAAUUGAUGGACAGAAAGGAUCAUAACUCGACUUUUCAGAACAGAAAUAACAUUGUUGUACCAGGUGACAAGGAAUUGGAAAAACUGCGAAACGAGAAUAAAAAAUUGUUGAAUGACUUUAUAACCAAGGAUGGCGAGAUUGUAUUUUUGCGACAGCAAUUGCAACAGGCUCAGUUGCGAGUUGAGAACGAGAAGCUAGAAAAAAUGCAUUUAAUUGAAGAACAAGCCAAUCGUCACAGAUCGCAGAUCAACAAUAUUUAUAAGGAAAAAGAACAGUUGAAGACGCAGCUGGAACUGCAAAAUUUAGAAAUAGGAAAUCUUCUAGAACGUUGUAAAUUGUUAGAGUCUGGAAGCAUUAAAUUGAAAGAGCCACAAGUGUUAUACAAUUCUCAUAAUAAGAGCAAAUGUAGCACUCCAACAAAUCGUAGGCUAAGUACAAAUAGGAAUUUGAUAAAAGAAACGUGCACCCAAGUUAAUACUUACAAGAAAAAUAAUUACCAACUUAAGACAUGCAACACUUAUUUUCCUCUUGCCGGAAUUUCGGAGCUAAUGUUUACUGCAUCAAUGCCGGAAAAGCCGGUCGUUAACAUAAAAAUAAUAGAAAAAACUGGAAGAAGAAAUUUACCCAUCUUGCAAGAAGAAGAAACAUUUAGGAUUUUUGAAAAUCCUGACUUGGUCAAACCAAUCGUUACUAUGGUAGAUGAAAAACGGUUAACAAUAGAAUUUAUCUUGCUUGAGAUUGCAGCACUUGAACAGAAAGUUAAGGCAGAAAUUGAAUCAGAAACGUGUGUACCUAUAAUUAAUAAGUUAGUCUUGACUGCAAGGGAAUUGACGCUGAAUGUUAUCAUGGUGUUGCAAACAAUUUUUCAAGCCAUGAGGAAUGACGACAUUCGCGACAUGAACGAUUUAUAUUUUUCUACAGUUUAUAAGGAUCAUAAUUUUUGUAUCAAAUCCGAGUGUGAAGCAGAUGCAUGGCAUGAGGGAGAACGUGGUAUCGAGGCGAGAAGAUUGCUCGGUGCACUUUCACGUAUCAGUUUGGAGUCGUUGUAUUUAAGAAAUUAUUUGGCAGGAAAAUCGCCAUUAUUCACGCGCAAUGAUGACUGCUACAAUCAUUAUUUGCCACAAAUGAUGCGUUACAAUGCUUGGCCAAUGAAAGGUCACGAAUUUGAGAUGCUUGAAAUUAUUCUAGAGUGUGUCACUUUAAUAGGACGUGUUAGGAGGUCUCAUCAAUUCACAGGUCUCAUAAAUGCAAUUAUAAAAGUAUUAUGUAACGUGCAGCAAACAGUGGGUUACUGCGAGAAAGGAUUACAAUAUGUUUGUCUUAUAUUCAAAGAACUCGUGUUCUCGAGACCAUUGUCACUUUGUUACGUUUCCUUGGUAGAUUUCGUAAUGGUCUUCAGUAAAUGUAACGUAUUUGUACCGCAACUUUGCAGAAGUUCGCAUUCAAUGGCGAUAAAAAUGUGGAAAGGCGCAUUACACUUUACACCAGACGCAUGCGUCUUACAAAUCCUCAUGGCGCAAAUGGAGCAUUUUCAUCCCGAUUUUCUUACCACUGUAAAUAUGACGCACUCUUUAAUAUCGUCCGUAUGGUACAUCCUGCAUACGAACAAUAAUUUAUUAAGACCUGAAAGUUCGGAGUCGUGUAACUGUUACGUGAAACUAUUGCGAUUCACAAUCAACAUGUUGAAGAAGUGCUCCGAGAUCAGAUUGGAUGUGAUCGACAGUACCGAGUGGCAGAAUCCAUUUUCUGGUUCCAACCAGCAUUACGCCUUGAAGAGAGUUAAUUACAAAGAUUGUGCGUGUCAGGUGAAACAUAGUGAACGGAAUACGGAGAAACGUCAAACGGAAGAACAUCCGGAAAAAUUGGAUCGAAAUUAUUGGUCCACCGUACAAAAGAUUCAACAUAAGGUAUCGAGGCAAGGUAUCAGAUUCUUAUGCCAUCUCGUAAUUUGUGAUCCCGAUUUUGUUAUUCGAUCAUCCGACAUUGAAAACUCGUUUCACCUGUUCGUACGGAACAUAACUUUCUCCAACAACCUGAUACUUCAUAGGAAUGAGCAGGAAGCGUUAGAUCGUAUAAGAAGUACGUUUAUUUUUGACAAAGGUGUACAAAAUGAAGCUGAAACGCAUCACAAAGACACAUCUGUUAUUCGGUCAGUAACUUCUAAGCAAGAAGUUAUUCCUGCAACGAGAAAUUAUCAUACUGGAGCUGUUAAAAAUAAUAGAAUGUACGCGGCCGUUAAAACGCUGUAUAAUUCUAAAAUGGACUACAAGAAUAAUUAAACAUUACUAAUCUAGGAGAUUAUUUUAAUGUUUAAAUAAAUCAAUCUUUACUACAUAGACAUAGCAUCUCAUCUUAUAAUGUAAGAGGAGGAGUUACAUGCCGUGAGCCGGAGCAGAUGUUUCCAAUACAGCCAUUUCCUGCGUUACUCCUACUUUCUGGUACAAACAAUAUAUUACAAAUAUACAUUAUUAUGAUGAGUAUCUAAUAAUAAAUGUACAUUUGUUGGAUGCUUCUUUUCUCAGAACUAUUUUAGCAAAUUAUUAGAUAGCGCGUGUUUACGCACCUUAUCUUGGAAUAAUGAUUUCUGCUCGUGUCGCGCGUCUUUGAAUGCGCGCAAAAUUCCGCAACAAUAUAAUACAAUCAAGAAUUGUUAAAGUUUCUGUACAAAUUCGAAUUUCGUAAUAUUUGGUUGCUGCAAUUUAUUUAUCAUAAAUAUAGUAUUACUGAAGAAGGCAUUUUUAUGCAUCAAAUGUAUAUAUUUCACCUUUCAAGUAGUAUACAGUCAUCACAAGCACACA